UCAUUCUUUUCCUUGGAUUUUGCCUCUUUUUGAUCUCUUGGAGUUGUGAAUUUACAUUCCUCGUCUGAUGAAAUGCCCUCUCCUCUCUGUUUUGACUCCAUCCCCAUUUUCAAGAACUUGGGAUUUGAGACUGAAAUACGAUCAGAUUCCUCUCCAAAAGAGUGGAUUGAGGCUUGUUUGCUGCUCAAUUCUGGGGAUUGAUUUUCUUCAGCAUAUCCAAAGAAUUUUGGAAGCUCCUCAUCAGCUUUUUUGCUAUUUUUCUGAGUAGUUGGCUUUUUAUUUUCCUCCUGUUGCUUUUUCUCAAGUUUUCGGCUUUUUCUUGGAGAUACUUGGAGAUCUUCUUUAUCCGAGUUAACUGCAAUCUUUGGAAGCUCAGGAACUAUGCUUAUCCGAUGGGUUUCUUCAGCAUACUUCUUCUUUAGUUUUGAUAUUUCUUGGGGAUCAAUUAAAUUGUACUUUUCAUCCUCAUGAAAAAUCCAGGGAGAAUAGCUCCCAAUCAGAAUUAUUAGCAAUGAGAUAAAAAUCAGUUCUGUGUUUUAAUAUUUCUCCAGCUUUUAACUUCUCCUCAAUAAAUGAGUUUGAAACAUAAGCUGAGGGAGUAGUGGUAAUUUUACCUUUUAAGAAGUUACUUCCACUGAUUGCACCAAUCGCUAUCGAUUAAAUAGUAUGAAUCAGCUCAUUUAUGUUCAACGUAAUACCCUUCUAGACCUUUGCCUGGAUAACUUCAGAUGCUUCUUUUUGUCUAUUUCCCAAUAAUCUCCUCAUAGUUUUAGAUUCUCUUGUGAAAUCUCUAGUCAAGAGGCUCUCUCUUGGAAUGCUCUUAUUUUCAUAUCUCUCUAUUAUGACUUGGUUUAUUGCGAUUUCAAGCUUCUUGGAUCGUAUCGGAAUCUUCCUAGUUUUAUCCUCAAUUGUAUUAGAUCCUCUGUAUGAAGAAGGAGGAUUUUCAUCAUGAGAUUCCCUUGAGCCUCAGCAUGUAAGCACUUUCUCUAAAAAUCUUGC